AUAAGUGUUUUGAGCCAAAUUUAAUACUACUGCUGACAGAACAUUGUAACUAUGUAAGAUAAGGUGCAUCUACUUACACUUCAGACAAAGGCCACACUUUACAGUUUGCACACAAACACUCUAUAUAUACCUCUACCACUUUCUGCACUAAUGCAAUACAUAAUCUCCUCUAAGAUCUCAAUUAAGUAGCUUAUUUCUUUCAGGCCCUUGAAGCUUUCUUAAAUUCUCCUUUCAGUUACAAUGAGGAUGGUGAACACCAGAGUAUGCCUGUGGUUUCAAAUACUAGCUGUAGCGCUAGUUCUGCUCAAAGUCGAUAGUUUUGAUGUUGGUAUCACUUAUCUCCAGAGUGCUGUAGCAAAAGGAGCAGUAUGUCUGGAUGGAAGCCCACCGGCUUAUCAUAUGUCCAAGGGGUUUGGUGCUGGAAUUAAUAAUUGGUUGGUCCACUUCGAGGGAGGAGGUUGGUGCAACAAUGCGACUACCUGCCUUGAUCGUAUAAAUACACGCUUAGGUUCUUCCAAGCAAAUGACGAAAGUACUAUCAUUCUCAGGGAUGUUUAGCAACAAAGCUAAGUUUAAUCCAGACUUCUACGACUGGAACACAAUCAAGGUUAGGUAUUGUGAUGGAGCAUCAUUCACUGGGGAUGUAGAAGCAGUUGAUCCUGCUACUAAUCUUCACUAUAGAGGACAAAGGAUUUUUCUCGCUGUUAUUGAGGAUUUAUUAGCAAAAGGAAUGAAGGAUGCAAAAAAUGCAAUAAUUUCUGGCUGUUCGGCUGGUGGAUUAGCUUCCAUAUUGCAUUGUGAUAAAUUUAAAUCUCUUCUACCUGCGAGUGCAAAAGUGAAAUGCCUUGCUGAUGCGGGUUACUUCAUUAAUGUAAAGUCUGUUGCUGGAACAUCACAUAUCGAAUCUAUAUACGAUGACGUUGUCAGAACACAUGGAUCAGCGAAGAACUUGCCUUCAUCUUGCACUUCACGACUCAAACCGGGUUUGUGUUUUUUCCCUCAAAACGUGGUGCAACAAAUCCAAACACCAAUCUUUCUGCUAAAUGCGGCCUAUGAUUCGUGGCAGGUAAAGAACAUUUUGGCUCCUGGUGUUGCUGAUCCCCAUGGCACCUGGAGCAAUUGCAAGCAGGAUAUAACAAAGUGCUCUGCAGCUCAACUUAAAACCUUGCAAGAAUUUAGGACGCAGUUUUUGAGUGCUGCACCUGCAGUGGGUAGCUCUAAAUCUAGAGGGCUUUACUUAAACUCUUGCUAUGCCCACUGUCAAACCGGAACACAGGAAACUUGGCUAAGGGCUGACUCUCCCUUGUUGGAUAACAAGACGAUUGCGAAGGCAAUAGGGGACUGGUACUACGACAGGAGUCCAUUCCAGAAGAUAGAUUGUCCAUACCCUUGUGAUAAAACUUGUCACAACCGGAUUUUUGAAUGAGCACCCGAUUUGCAUCACAAAUCCUACCUUGGCCGCUAUAAUUGCUUGUCUAUCAAUUCAUGUUUAUCUUAAAAUAAAAAGGGAAUAUGGGGAAGAAAGUUUAUGAUUGAUCAAGUUGCUGGAAUAAAGUCUGCACAAGCUGCGAUCUGGUGCUUGUAAUAUAAUGAAAUCAGUGGAGUGACUCUGAUAAUUGAUGUAAUUGAAUAUCAGAUGCUAUUAUUUUUAAUUUUAUUAACAUAUUUAUCUUAUUCAUUAAAUAUGCAUCAACCAUGUUGUAUAUCUUUACUGUAUAUGAUCACAGUUUACUUUCUUGUUUUA